CAUUUGUGUGCAAACGUUGCCGUGAAGUAUUUCCGUAUUAUAAAAAAUUCAAUUGUGACUACAACCGUAAGGUUAAGUGUAAUUUCUGCGAAAAUUGUUUCAGACAGUUAGUAGCGAAAGGGCAGUGUAUAGGCAAUUGUCAUUCACAUAUUGGCAAAGGUCAAUUGACAACGGGCUUUUAUAUUAAUUUAAAAGAAAUUCAAAAACUUUUCGAAGAUCUCGAAGUUUUAGAAACACGUUACCAGAGAGAGUUUCAUCCAACAUUGGCAGACCAAACUUUAAUGAAAAAAAGAAAAAGAUUAGGCCGAAGAAAGUCGGAAUAAUCUAAACCAAAACCCAAAACUACGUACCUCUGAUCCGAUUUAUCAUAAUUGUCAUUCUUCCGUACAAAACGUCGUUUGUCGAUCGCUCUGUUGCCUGAAAAAGUAUCAUUUCGUUGGCCUGUUUAUUGAAUGAAAAGAUGCAGUCGCAACCAACCGAUAGCCAGUCAAAUGACUACAAACAUGAGCCAUCGCCGUGUAAAUUGCAGCCACGAGCAGCCGAUCCGGACGAAGAGAGUGAUAGUGAUAAUGAGAAGCAAAAGCCGCAAUUCCAUAAGAAGACGACUGCGUUGAUUCAUUCGAAGAAAGAUGACAUCUCGUCCGACUUGAUGGGAUCAUGGACGGUUCAUGUGGGUGAUAUGGAUCAGUGUUUGCACUUGUGGAAAUACACCGGAGGCUUUGAGAAAAUCGAUGCUGCUCAUCGCAUUCUAGAAAAUGAUAAAGACUAUCAAGCACUUGAAAAAGAGCGUGGAGUUUUGUUGCGUUCACGUCACUUGCAAUACAUGUUGCAAUUCUCAUACUGGCCUCAAAUCAAAAUGCGAGAUCCAUCGCACAUUUAUGAAAUGCGUUCGUAUCGAUUGAAACCGGGCACAAUGAUUGAAUGGGGAAACAAUUGGGCCAGAGGCAUUCAGUAUCGUCAAGCAAACGAUGUACCAUUUGCUGGAUUCUUCUCGCAAAUCGGCCGAUUGUACAAUGUUCAUCACAUUUGGUGCUACAAAUCACUGCAAGACCGUAAAGAAAGCCGUGAAUCUGCCUGGCGUGCUCCUGGCUGGGAUGAAUGCGUUGCCUACACCGUUCCAUUAAUCAGGGAAAUGCACACGCGCAUCUUGAGACCAACUGAAUUCUCACCCACCCAAUAAUUUCACCAAUUUCUUUGAUGAUUGUUUACGUCUAAAUCUAAUUUGGAAUUGCGUCAAAAGCACAGUCAAAUUGCAUGUAAUCCAAUUGCAUCGCAAUCGCAGAUUUAUUUUCUGUGGAAUUAUUUUCUUUUAUCCUAUAAAAAUUUUGAUAAUAACAACUCAUACCUGUCUCUCACAUACACACACAACAUAUAUCGUCUAUCUUCAAUUAAGCUCUGAUUUUUUUUAUUGAAGUGAAAAUCACUCUUUAGAACUGAUUAAAAGUCAAGCAUAUAUACACCACCUUUGUUCUCAUGCAACAUAGACAUUUAUUUGAUGUGAAAAAAACAGGAUACAAAAAGAACAUUAUUUGUUACAAAAAAAUAAAUGGAAUUUAAUAAAAUACUAUGUAAA